CCGAUCCUCGUUUCCCCUCCUUUUCCCCUCCUCUUUCCUCCUGCCUUCCCAUCUUCCCUGUAGUCUUCAUCCUUCUUCUCUUUCAUCCCUUCCUGGCAAAACCAUCUUAUCCCCAGCCUCACAACAUCAAUCACAACACCAACACCAAGGACAAGGACAGGCAAGAAGCCGUCUUAUCAGAACAUGGUCCACAAACACACUAAGUCGACUACUCGUCCUCGCUCCGCUGGCUCUCCGUCUUCCCCACUCGACCGCGAUAUGGACCGGAAAGUCUAUAUCCCCCUUUGCUUCUGUCUGGUCUCCUUUGCUGUGAUGGUCUACAUACAUUGCAAGGAUACAAGGGGAUCCAGCACAGUGGCAACCCGGCUAUCUUCUGAACUUUUUUCCACCUUUGUUCUUUAUCACCGCUGCCAGCAUUCAACCGCUGGGAAUCGGCCUUUGGGAAUGGAGUUCAACAGAGCAUCCAUACGACCACGACAAACAAUGCCGUCGAAGCCUCUCACACUCUGGGGAACCCGGCAGCUCCGGGGCUUGGUAGAGAGACGGCAGGUUCCGUUUAUGCAAGCAAGCCUUCCUGGUCUAGUUUCAACCUAGCGAUGCACUCGGCCGCGGUGAUCACACGAUACCCCGCGUUCCAGCCAGCUUGCAGGUUGCAACUACACGUUUACUCAUUUACUACUGCAAAGUGACGUCUCGAUAUACGUAUACUGUCAACGCCACUAUUGCUUGACUGUUUUCUUUUUCAUUC